UCCUGGUGUCAUUUUUUUCGGGGGAUUUUCCUCAAAACUACGGCAGGGCUCCUAAACAAGACUUUCUUGGUCAAUUCGGUUCCAGGAUUCCUUCCAAUUUCCUUCUCGCUAUUCUGGGGGAGUACGAGUUUGUUGCACAGGCAAAAAAGUGCCUGAUUGAACACCUGAAGGGAACUGGUGGAUCCGAUGGCGUUUGUUGCGGGAACACAUUUGUAGAUAAGUUGAUACGCCGUUUUUCUCCGCUUCUGAUUGGCUGAACAGCGAGUCCAAGAAGAAGAAGGAUCUCAAACCCCGCCGCCCAGCGCACUUCCAAAACAAAUGACACUCGAUUACUGUCAAUGCAAUUUUCCGGCCCGGUUCCGAGAUGGUUAGUAUAUAGCAGCCGUUGUCCGGACUCGUCCCGCAUCCGCUCACGCCCGAUCAGUUAAUCUCCCCCGGGGAAUCUUUUUCUAGUCGCAAGCCUCGGUAGAGGCUGCGAAUUUAGCGGUGAAAGAGAUUCCAGUAGAUACUGACUAUUCUUUUUGUUACAGCUGUAUGGCACAAGUGCCAACUCUCUUUUCGUAUCCCAUACCUACUACAUCUCACCAUUCGUAUUCGUACAGCAGUAGUACACCAUGCCGCGUGCCGCACGAGUAAGCAAACGAAUCCAGGGACUCUGAAGGAUCAAUGCAUCGUGAUCGUCUAUGGGAUGUUGGCCCUUGUGAUACUUGGUGUUGUGAUAGGCCGGGGCGCUGGGAUCGAGAGCUACGGUAUCGUCAGAGCAUCCCCAGACAGACGGCCCCAUCCAAUCCUGUUGGAAAUAAGGUUCAAAUGGAGUUUGGGUUGCAACCUCUCAACCUGUUCAUAUUGUACUUCCCUUACGCCCUCGCGAUCAUUAUCGUGAUUAUAAGGCUAUGGAAACGUACUGUGGAUGGACGGUUUUCGUUAGACGAUGCCUUGAUUACAUUGGGGAUGGUAGCGAAUACUGGUCUCACUAUAUCGACACAUAAAUUUCUGAUAAGGUCCUAUACUGGCUAUAGACUCGAGAACAUACCUAAAGGGGCCGUGGACAAGGUGGUAACUGCGAAGUUGCGAUACAUCAACUCAGUUAUCUAUCAUCCUGCGCUCAAUCUUAUCAAAAUAUCCUUUUUAGUCACCUUGAUACGCUUGGAGUCACCGAACAAGUGGAUUCGUCGCACUCUGUGGUCUUUUCUGGUCAUCACCAUCGCAUUCUGUAUCUCCAUCACGGUCACGGCGAUACUAUCAUGCAUUCCGGUUGCUAAAUUUUGGGACAAAACGAUUCCCGGCCACUGCCGCGACUCGAAAAGCUAUGUGCUUGCCGGUGCAAGCACAACCAUCAUCACUGAUGUUCUCGUGACAAUCAUACCUACAUGGAUUGUGUACAGCCUACAGAUGCCACUAAAAAGCAAAGUUAUGGCUCUGUGCUUCAUGUCCCUGGGAUUGUUUGUGACUGCCAUCACUGCUUACCGCUUAGACUUCUUUGUCCAAAUCUUUCAGAAUCCCGACCCCGUACGUAACGAGAACCCUUACAACAUUCGCACUCCACUCUCGAAUCUCGAAAUCAACCUUUCUGCCAUAGCCACGUGCGGCCCAACCCUAAAGUGGCUCCUGGGGCAAUGUAUUCCAUUCUUUGCUUCCCAGCAAAGCCGGCCUAGCGGAUAUCAAUAUUCGAAAAACACACCCUCGCGCUCAAACACCAAGCGCUCAGAACUUGAGCCAGAUAUAACCGAGGUAAUCAUCUCCGAGACCAACAGCAACGAGGAUGUGGAAUUAAGUGAACGUGUUGUAUGGAAAAGCAAGGACAACCACUCUCAAGCAGAUGCUCGGAGCGAGGAGCACGGGAUCCUGAGAGACGAAGGCAAUGAAAACACUGAAGGUCACGGGAGGUACGUCAAGGAUAAAGCGACCCAGCCAGUUGAUAUGGUUUGA